AUGAGAGAGUAUUUGGAACUUAAAAGAGAUAGAGACGAUGAUGAAGAUAAGUGGGUCGAACACUAUUCAUCCAAGCAUCAGAUACUUCUCCUUGGCGAAGGAGAUUUCUCGUUCUCGUGUAGCUUAGCUACUUGCUUCGGCUCUGCUUUCAAUAUCUAUGCUUCCUCUCUCGAUUCAUAUGACGCUGUAGUUAGAAAGUACAAGAAGGCAAGAUCAAACCUUGAAACUUUGAAGAGACUUGGAGCUUUCCUAUUACAUGGAGUUGAUGCAACCAAACUGCAACGCCAUCCUGAUCUUCAUUUCCGAAGAUUUGAUCGUGUCAUCUUCAACUUCCCGCACACCGGUUUCCACACUAGAGAGUCUGAUCCAUGUCAAAUACGGUAA